CUGAACAGCAGCAUCCUGAAUCCUUCAGUCUCUCUUUCUCUCCACGAGCAACACAGACAUCAUGAGCCACCACAGGACUUCCACCACCUCCACCUCUUACCGGCGCACUUUCGGGGCGCCCCCGAUGUUCUCCCCAGUCUCCUACACCCCAGUCUCCUCCCGCCUCUCAGCCGGGGGGCGGCUCAUGAGCUCCCCGACCUCAGCCUCCUCGCACCGCUCCGUCUCGUACAGGGCCCGCAGCAGCACCCCGGCCCUGCGACUCGGCUACGACAAGGUGGACUUCGCAGGGGCCGAGGCCCUGAACCAGGAGUUCAUGACGACCCGCAGCAACGAGAAGGCGGAGCUGCAGGAGCUGAAUGACCGCUUCGCCAGCUUCAUCGAGAAGGUGCACUACCUGGAGCAGCAGAACACCAUGCUGUCUGGGGAGCUGAGCCAGCUCAGGGGCCAGCAGGAGCCGGGCCGGGCCAGCACGCUCUUCCAGCAGGAGCUGCGGGAGCUGCGCAGGCAGCUGGAGCAGGUGGGGGAGGAGAGGGACCGCUUCCACGUGGAGAGGGACAACCUGGCAGAGGACGUGGCGCUGCUGAAGCAGAGGCUGGAGGAUGAAGCUCAGAAGAGAAUAGAAGCUGAGAAUAACCUGGUCCUCUUCCGCAAGGAUGUGGAUGACGCCACGCUGUCCCGUCUGGAGCUGGAGAGGAAGAUUGAGUCUCUGAUGGACGAGAUUGCGUUCCUCAAGAAAAUGCACGAUGAGGAGAUCCAGGAGGUGCAGGUGAGCGUGCAGACCCAGCAGCUGCAGGUGGAGGUGGACUCGCACAAACCUGACCUGACGGGGGCGCUGCGGGACAUCCGGGCGCAAUACGAGAACAUCGCUGCCAAGAACAUGCAGGAGUCCGAGGAGUGGUACAAGUCCAAGUUUGCAGACCUGACUGACUCAGCCAAUCGGAACGGAGAGGCCCUGCGCCAGGCCAAACAGGAAGCCAAUGAGUCUCGGAGGCAGAUCCAGAGCCUGACCUGUGAGGUGGACGCUCUGAAGGGCAUGAACGAGGCUCUCCUGCGGCAGAUGCGUGAGAUGGAGGAGCAGUUCAGCGUGGAGGCGGCCGGUUACCAGGACAACGUGUCCCGGCUGGAGCAGGAGAUCCGACACCUGAAGGAGGAGAUGUCCCGGCACCUGCGGGAAUACCAGGACCUGCUCAACGUGAAGAUGGCGCUGGACAUCGAGAUCGCCACCUACAGGAAGCUGCUGGAAGGAGAGGAGAGCAGGAUCACGAUUCCGGUUCACAGCAUGGCCUCUCUAAGCUUCCGCAGUGCUGACUAUGACCAUGGCCAGGAUAGUCACAGCAAGAGGACAGUGAUGAUUAAGACGAUCGAGACUCGUGAUGAUGAGGUGGUGAAGGAAUCGAGGAAGGAGCAGCAGUGUGAGCAGGACGAGUAGAGUCCAAGAAGAAAGAAACAGGAGCCAGGAAUCACAGCUCACUGAGAGAUACAAGACAACCAAGCCACCAGAACAACUACCAAUGCCUUAUUACCCUCCACUGCCCCAGUACCUAGAGAUUGCAGAACAGCUACCAAUGCCUUAUUACCCUCCACUGCCCCAAUACCUUGAGAAUGCAGAAUAGCUACCAAUGCCUUAUUACCCUCCACUGCCCCAGUACCUUGAGAAUGCAGAACAGCUACCAAUGCCUUAUUACCCUCCACUGCCCCAGUACCUUGAGAAUGCAUGGCAGGAAACGUAGCUGAGCACAGAGUUCUGUUCCAUUACAGUCAGGUCAGCACUAUAGAAUAGUUUAUCUCUCACAGCCUCCCAACACCUAUCUAAAGCAGUGGCAUUUAAGGUACCAAUUAUAAGCCCAUUGUAUUACUGAAUAAACCUCUGCAUUACCAGCAAUGGCAACACAAUGGAACUAAUAUUGCCCAGUGGUGCUGACACAUUAACACGCUGUCUGGUACUAAUGUAAUGCAUUGCUAUUGUGAUGUCAUCGCUAUGUGUUGUGCCAUUGUAGCUGCUACCAUUCCCAGUACAGACCCAUUGCUGCUAUUGCAGUGCAUCUUCUGUAUUGGAAAGUGUCUUGGUUCUGUUUGUAGACACAGGGAUGUCCCUGUUUAAAGGGGAUGAUAAGUGAUGGGUGAGGCGUUUGCAUUUGGAGCCCCCUAAUACUGUCAGAGCCCAGCACACACCCCUCUAACUGCUCCCCCUAAUGCUGUCAGAGCCCAGCACACACCCCUCUAACUGCUCCCCCUAAUGCUGUCAGAGCCCAGCACACACCCCUCUAACUGUUCCCCCUAAUGCUGUCAGGCCCAGCACACACCCCUCUAACUGCUCCCCCUAAUGCUGUCAGAGCCCAGCACACACCCCUCUAACUGCUCCCCCUAAUGCUGUCAGAGCCCAGCACACACCCCUCUAACUGCUCCCCCUAAUGCUGUCAGAGCCCAGCACACACCCCUCUAACUGCUCCCCCUAAUGCUGUCAGAGCCCAGCACACACCCCUCUAACUGCUCCCCCUAAUGCUGUCAGAGCCCAGCAUACACACCUGUAACUGCAUCAGAGAAAAGGGAAUUCUGUGCUCAGUUUGUCCUGUGUUAAAGAAACCCAUUGUGUUCCAUGGUCCAAUGCUGUAGCCGUGUGAUAAUGAUAAUGUGUAUGCUUAGCAGACAAAAUAAAGAAUAAAAGGAA